CAUGUUGAUUGGUCGAACAACGGGACUAGAGAAGGUUCGGUCGGACAGCACGUGCGACCGGUUGCACAUUUCCGCGGAGGACGUGAACACGUUCGUGUAUCGUUCCGUCUUUUGCCUAUACGGAAGUCCACUUUACCGAUUGAAGGUCAGGCUAUCCGUAUCUGGCAGAAAAUUUGUCGCAAGUUUACACCGAGAGUUUGCUUUCACGAACGCGAAAUCUUCCCUAUUGGUGGUCCAAUACGUUCAUAGGUGCACGGGUGUUGGCUAUCGAUCCCGCUGUCCUGAUUUCCUGCAUGUUCAUUGGCGCCUCGGUUGCUAACAGUGCGUCGUAUGGUACAGUGCGGGCUCCGUUCGAUCAGUGCUGUGGCUUUACUGUUACGCUCAAGAUAUUUGUGUAAUUUUAUUCGUUUUAUCGGGGUGAUUUUUCCUCGUACCAAGGACAAUUCACGCCUCUUCGUUUCUUCUUCGAAAGUGUCGGUAUCCUUGGAAGACAAUGGAGUCCUAGAAGAGAAAUCUGUGUUCCCGUUCUUCCUAUACUCUUUCUAUCCUCGAUGGGCAGACUAUACGGCGAUCCAUUGACUGGCAAAGGAACGGAACCAGGAACGAUCGAGCAAGCUUAGGACCAUGGAAUUCUACGACGUGGGAAGCAGCGACCUUAGAGAAUUGUGGGAGUCUUAUCUCUCCGAACCGGCCCUGGGCCAGGACGUUCUAAUGGGGACCAAAGAAGAAGAAUGGGGCAACCAUGGGUUGACCGUGCGGGACAAAUCCUCGCAGGGAGUGGUGUUGAGGGAUCGUUUGAUGACGGAUGCCGCCCUUGGAGGUCCACGACCGAUUAAGUCCGAGCACAAUUACAGCCUGUUGACGUCGAGCCCCCCUCCAAGCCCCGCGACACCCGGUGCCAACCCCCACACGCCUAAUUCCGGAUCGUCCGCCGACAGGGUUGGCGCUUCCCUCUCCGCAAACAGUUCCAACUCCAUCGAUUCUACCAACAUGGAUCACCAUAAAUCGUUGGAUAUUCGAAGCAGAAUCGAUGACAUGGAGGAGGAAUGUUUUCCGGCGAUCUCGAUGAACACCGCGUCAGGACGCGACGACCUGUCCUCGUCGUCGUCCACGUCCUCUACCUCAACGAUUAUCCUAAAGAGAAGGAACAACCUAGUACCUGAAGACGUGGAGUGCAGCGAGAUCAAAGGAGAGCCGAUCAGCGCGCCUAGCAGCCCAUCGGAAUCGUGUCAAACGACGAUAGUCGACGAAAAAAACACGAUAACCAUGGUGUUCCCUCAGAGUCUUCAUUUCUCCAAGAAUCACAUGUCGCAGACCAGCGACAGCGAGGAAGAUGACGAGGAAUAUUAUCAGGGUAUGGAGGUGGAGGAGUAUAACGGGGAGGCGAGCGACGUGAAGCAGGCGGAUCUCCGCGCGUCCAGGCAGGGUCUGCCGCCGACGCCUCCGAGCAGCGCGAGUUCCGACAGCGAGGGCACCGCUUCCGCUUCCUGCUCGCCGGAACGCCGAGAUUCCCAGAGCUCAGCGCACGCACAGAAUCUCAGGGGCAUGCUCACGCCCAGGCUUUACAUCACAAACACCACGCACACCACCAGACAGCCCAUCCACACACCCUUGAUUUCCUGCCAACCGAAAGGAUCGACGGGAGUGUUAACGUUGACGGAGGAGGAAAAGCGGACGUUGAUCGCGGAAGGUUACCCCGUCCCGACAAAAUUGCCACUAACGAAGCAGGAAGAAAAAUCAUUGAAGAAGGUUCGCAGGAAAAUUAAGAAUAAGAUAUCGGCUCAGGAGUCUCGACGGAAGAAAAAGGAGUACAUGGAUGGAUUAGAAAGACGUGUCACCAUGCUCACAAACGAGAACUCCUCGUACAGGGACAGGUUAACAGCCCUGGAGGACAAGAAUCGCGAAUUACUGAAAGAACUUCAACGUCUUCAAGCCCUGCUUCAGCUGCAAAACUCGUAGACGGGGAUAAAUAAACAAAUAAUUAAACUCUCCAAGCCGAAGACUUGAGUCAAGAAGACACGUAUUAAAUAUUAUCGCUCGUAGUGAUCCAAAGGAUUCUAUAAAGACUGGAGGCCGGAACCAGGGUCUCAGAACGUGUUCCUCAUCGUUGAAUUACGAGUGUUCUUUAUCCUUAUGUAGUUUUACUUUGACCCUUGGACAAUUUUCAAAUUAUCAUUCACUCGACUUCUUGAAUCAAUAAAAUAUAUAUAUAUGUAUAUUUAUAUAUAAUUCGACGAUUUCACAGACAUAACAUUUUUUUUUUCAUUUCUGAUCGAGUUAUACGGGGUCUAUAUAUAUAUAUAUAUAUAAAUAUAUAUGUGUAUGUAUGGGAUCGAAAGAUGUCGUGGACAGAUUUAUAUAUUUUCCAAGGGAACAGUGCAAUUCCUUUACAUUCCUGUAAAGUCUUCCUCGUGUGUAAGCGGAUCGAGAUAGAUAAUCGAGAAUCCGAUAUAAUAAAAUAUAUUCGCCUUGGACCUCCUUGUCUUCCUGUUUCCGUGGACAGGAAUCCGGCGACGAGUGCAAUUCAACCGUGGAGUGCCUUGAUUCGCUAAUCUCGAUGAUUCUUCCAUCGCGAAUGAAUUCGUUUCAUUUUUCUUUUUUUUUUUUUUAAUCUUUAUCAUCGAAAUUAGUAUCGUAUUAUUGUUAAUUUUUUUCGAUUCUUAUGUUACGAUUAUAAUCAAUUUUAAUGAGAAACCGAAUGUGAAAAGUUUGAAGAAAAAUUCAUUCAGUUUUCAAAGAAUGCGAAGAACUUUUGAGAUUAUCGGUUGAAAUCGGAUGAAAUCGGACCAAGAGAACAACUCAUUCGUUUGUUGCCCGAAUUUUUCCGAGCUUUAUCGAAAUUCAGUUUUUCGCAAGACGGUUUGCACAUUUUUAAUCUGUUUGUUUGAUUUAGCGUGGAAUUAUAAAAGUUGAACCGAAAAA